AUGAAACUGUGGCUCUUUGCUUGCCUGGUCGCCUGCUUUGUUUGGACCUGGGUGCCUGUUGUCCAUGUCCAAGGUGCCUUUGAAGACUGCUGCCUGGGUUACCAACCCAGGAUCAAAUGGAAUAUUCUCCAGCGUGCUAGACAGUAUCGCGUGCAGGAAGUGAGUGGAAGCUGCAACCUACGUGCUGUGAUAUUCCACUUCCGCCAGAAAGGCAAGGUGUGUAUGAACCCAGAGGACAAGGAUGUGAAGAGGGCGAUGGAGAUCUUGAAUGUUAGGAACAAGCCAGUUGACAAUCCCCAGAAGACCAUCUCAGGUUCUCACACUGAAAGGAGGAAGUUAAAUCACGGCAAGUCUAAGGUGAGGAACCCCAUCGGUACCAGCAUGAGGAACGCCACCCUGGGCCGUUCUAGGAUGGUGAUGAUGACCAGAAAGAUCAACAAUUAAGUUGUUCAGAGUGAACACCAGCUGGAUGAUGGGAGGAGCCCCUGAAGUGUUGUCUUCUGGGCAUGGCCACUGAACUCACAGAAGCCAAGUUACCUGGA